AUGCUAAUCUCAUUAGCCUUCCUACGCAGAACCAAAAGUUCCCGCACUCUCGCUACCUCAUUCGGACCCGGGCCGCGCGAGCACAAGAAGGUACUGGUAACCGGGUCCUUACAGACAGCCCUGUGGCGCUCUGCGAUUCACCUCCUUCCGAUCAUUAUGUCGGUAACCAUUGUCACAAUAAAUCUGAAUGGAAAAUAUAUUGGGGCGGAUUUGAUGUCACCAGUCAAGUCCGAGACCAUCAAUCUGCUAUUGUUGCAGUUGAUUGCCAAGAGCCAUGAGAUUAUGAUUGUGGCUUCCCUGAGCGUGAUGGUUAUGGAUUUUGUACGACAUGAACUGAUGUUCGGCGGCGGUGUGCCUUUGGGUCUCAUCGGUGCGGGUAUCAAUUUCAACCGGCUCGACUUUUUUCUUCGGAAAGAGUUUUAUGGCUCGCUAGGGUACGCAGGCGCUCAUGAUAGCAAGCUUCGCAAGUCUCUUUUUGUUGGCCUGGUGGUAGUGGCAGGACUGGUAGCUUUCUUAGCUGGUCCAGCGAGUGCUGUUUUUCUUGUGCCCAAGUCCCAGGGCUGGCGGGUCGGGAGCAAGACUUUCUCAAUAGUUGGCGAAAAAUCUCAGUUUUGGCCCGAUGACCUAUCAGGUAAUAUGUCGGAACUACAUCGGUGGUGUGGAAACGGAAGUUCGACCACUGUCGCUUUCUGUCCUGCUGCUGGUUAUCGCUCCCUGUGGACAUAUUGGGGAACAAAGAACGGUACCAGCAUUCAGAAUGCUCCUUCCUAUGCGAAGGAAUUAUCAGGUUCCCGUUUCUACUGGCCAAUAUCAAGCCCUUCGUCGCUUAUCCCUCCACUCUACGCUCUCGGGGACACUAGAAAUGGAACAAAUGGGAAUACAUUCCUAGUGCAAGCCCAUGCUGCUGUAGCAACAUCUCUACAACGACUUGCAGACAAUUGGUGGAAUGCCUUUCUAGCAAGCACUGACCUACCACCCAACCAGGUAGAUGACCGUAUCGUAUCCGCAGAGGUACGUAGCGCCAUUGUUCGUCUCCGCUGCUCGGACCCACAGCUCCUGCGGACCCUGGACCAAAUUGUGUCUUUCCCAUCCAUAACACGUGAAUCCGAUUUUGGUCAGAGCUUCCCCGUCAAGAUCGACGGCCUUCAUACCAACCCUUCAGAUCAUCUACGCUUUUCUUGGGUUCGUCUUCCAUCGGGCUUUGGCCCAGUUAGCAUCGGGGGUCUGUUUGAGUCAGCAUGGGGUAGGAAUGACACGGAGGAGACUUCGAGUUCAGCAAGAAUUGUUGUCGGUUGUUCUGUUCAGGCUGGGUGGGUACCUAGUACUCUUUUCACCGAUAAGUACAAUUUCUGGACUGGCUGGUAUCCUUGGAACAUCAAGUUCAACAGCCGCACUCCCUCUUGGCAUCCGAAUUUAACGGCUCUACAAAUGGCCGAGUAUCAUUUGGAGUUGAUUGGCUCAACCUAUUGA